ACUAUCAACACACACCCACGAAUCAUGCGGCAGAGGAUCAAAACCUCAUCCGAAAAAACUGUAAAAAAACCACCAACAAAACACACUCAAUCCCAAUCCAUAUUCCUCAAAAUUAGAAAAAAACAAUAACAAAAAGAAAAAUCAAAAAUUUCAAAUAAAAAAUAAAUAAAAUCUUUUUAUUCCAUAUCACACCACCACCAUAUGCUAAUGGAACCGGAUGACCUUGGUCUUGGCUCUUACUAUCACCACCACCACCCACAACCGCAGCCACCACCACCACCACAACGCCACCCACAUCCACCGCCACCUCCGACCACCAUCAACAAUGGCAUGUUACCAACCACCAACAAUGAUCCCAGACCAUCUCAAAUGCUUUAUCCACAUCAUUCUGCACCUUCUGCUGUCUCAUCUCCUUUAGAAACCGGUGUAAGGCGGAAAAGAGGUAGACCCAGAAAGUACGGUACACCGGAGCAGGCUGCGGCGGCCAAAAGACUGUCGUCUUCAUCUUCUCCGUCAACUUCUGUCCCGCCGUUGUCUCCUUCAAGAAAGAAAGAAUUAUCUCUAGGAGUGGGUGGUUCUUCUUUCAAGAAAUCUUCACUUGGGAACACAGGCCAAGGUUUUACACCUCAUGUUAUUUCUAUUAAUGCUGGAGAGGAUAUCGGCCAGAAAAUUAUGUCGUUUCUACAACAAAGCAAGCAAGAGAUGUGUGUCCUCUCGGCAUCUGGCUCAAUAUCUAAUGCAUCUCUUCGCCAGCCAGCCACAUCCGGGGGCAACAUUUCUUAUGAGGGCCGUUUUGACAUCCUAUCACUCUGUGGAUCUUAUGUACGUUCUGAUUUCGGUGGUACCACGGGUGGAUUAAGUGUGUGUUUAUCAAGUAAUGACGGUCAAAUCAUAGGAGGUAGCAUAGAUGGGCCAGUGAUAGCUGCAGGCCCAGUGCAGGUAAUUGUUGGAACAUUUUCUGUCGAUAGUAAGAAAGAAAUUGCCACUAUUAUCAGGAGUGACGCUUCUAUCAAUAAGCUGCCAUCACCAAAUGUUGGGUCGCCAUCAGUUUCAAACUUAGGCUUUCUAUCACCCCCCGAUUCUUCUGGAAGAAAUGUAGGUGGCAGCGAUGAGCAACAAAAUAUCGAUGGGUACCAAUUCAUGGUCCAAAAUCGGAAUAUGCCUGUUGGGGACUGGAGGGGUAAUAAUGACUCUAGGAACACUGCUGGCUAUGACUUCUCAGGAAGAGUGAAUCAUGGGGCACAGCAGUCACCGAAGAAUGGUGAUUAUGAUCAUUUUCAAGACUGAAACGCUUUGAAGUGUGGAUAAUUGGGGUUUUAACUAGCUGGUGGAUAUAAUUGCUUCUUUUGUGCAGGAUAUGUGGGAAGUUACUAUAACACAAUGCAUCAUCAUUGUACAGUUAACCCAAGAACAUACUUCAUAUUAAAUGUUUUGAUGUGUACGUACUCUUAGCAGUUAAUUAGUAGCAUAUAGCACUUGUUUUCAACUUACUUUUGCAUAACUUUGGAUUAGUUAAUUGUACCUAAAUCAUAUUUGAAUUGUGUAAAUUUCUUUUCUUUUUCUUA